AUGUCAGGUAUUGCGCGCAGGUAUAUGGCGAGGACACAAAUUUGGGUGUCCAGCUCCUUGCCUGCAUGUGCAAAGAAUUCAGAACCUGCAGUGCAGCAGAUGAAGCCAACGCGGACGAUGAUUAACUUCUCUGACCUUAUGUCAGCGCCUAUCCGGCGACGGCGACAGCGAGAGGAGAUGAAGUGGAGGCAACUCGAGGGCCUCCUAGGGGGCCUGGUCCAGUUCUCCCCCGCCGCCUCCUUUGCUCGAUUUGGCGUCCAAAAAAGUCUACUCUGGCUGAGUAGACUAGCAGGUCCAUCCAUCCAUGUACGCCUUUCUUUGUACGCCUGA